UUAGAUGUUUGGAGGGAGGGCUGUAUGUGUGUGUUUAAGUGGAGCAGUAGUAAGAGGAUCUGUGUAUGUAUAUGUAUAUUUAUGUGUGUCCACAUCUGUUUGGCAGACUUCUGUAAGGCUCUCUCUCUCUCUUUGUUUGGGUAUCUCUCUGCCUCUUUUUCUGUCUUCUACCUCCUGCCUGCUAUUUUCAUAGAUUCAGAGGAGUUUCUGUCUUGGUCAGUCACUUUAUUUUCAUUGGCAGAGGCAAGUCAGCAUUUGUUCAGUUUUGGGACAGAGCAGAGGUCAGGAAUGAUUCUCACUUUAGGCGAAACGUUCUCAAACGGAGCAGGUUCUAACUCGGAUGCCGGGGACGUUGCAGAAACUGGGGAGGGGGCGUCUGAACUUGCUGAGAGCGCAGAAACAUCCGGAGCUAUGCAGCAGGUGUUGGAUAACCUGGGCGAGUUGCCCUCCACCACUGGGGCUAAAGACAUCGACCUCAUUUUCCUCAAAGGCAUCAUGGAGAGUCCCAUCGUCCGCUCGCUGGCCAAGGCUCACGAACGUUUGGAGGACGUGAAGUUGGAGGCUGUGCAGGAGAAUAAUGUUGAGCUUGUGACUGAGAUUCUGGGUGACAUCAGCGGGCUGAGCGUACGAGAUGACAGUGUUGCAGAGCUCUCCAAAAUCCUGCAGGAGCCCCAUUUUCAGUCUCUUUUGGAGGCCCAUGACAUGGUGGCGUCUAAGUGCUAUGAAGCCCCAGCCCCUCAUGAAGUGAUCAAUGAUGCAGCAGUAAACAACGCUCUUAUGCAGGCUGAUGCGGUCAGGAUGAUUGGCAUCCGCAAGAAAGCAGGAGAACCUUUGGGUGUGACUUUCCGAAUGGAUAAGGGUGACCUGGUAAUUGCCCGCAUCCUUCACGGAGGGCUGAUUGACAGGCAGGGGCUGCUGCACGUGGGUGACAUCAUAAAGGAGGUGAAUGGGAAGGACGUUGGCAAUAAUCCCACUGAGCUCCAGGAGAUGCUCAAAGAAUGUAGUGGAGGAAUAACGCUGAAAAUACUGCCCAGCUACAGAGAUGCUCCGGCGCCACCACAGGUGUAUGUGCAGCCACAUUUUGACUACAACCCCGCCAACGACAAUCUAAUUCCAUGCAGAGAGGCGGGACUUGCUUUCAAAAGGGGUGAUAUCCUGCAGAUUGUCAACCGAGAAGACCCAAACUGGUGGCAGGCAUGUCAUGUGGUGGAAGGAGGUACUGGGCUGAUUCCCAGCCAGUUUUUGGAAGAAAAGAGGAAAGCAUUUGUUCCUAAAGACCUAGAUGGAGCAGGAAUCCUAUGUGGAACAAUUACUGGUAAAAAGAAGAAGAAGAUGAUGUACCUCACUGCCAAAAAUGCAGAGUUUGAUCGUCACGAGCUUCAGAUCUAUGAGGAAGUAGCACAUAUGCCACCAUUUCAAAGGAAAACCCUCAUUCUGAUUGGAGCACAAGGAGUGGGGCGACGUAGCCUGAAAAACAGACUAGUUGUACUACAUCCCACCCGUUUUGGUACCACUGUACCGCAUACGUCUCGACGGCCUCGCGAUGACGAGCGAGAUGGUCAGUCCUAUAGAUUUGUAUCACGUCUAGAGAUGGAGAACGACAUCAAGGCGGGCCGGUACCUGGAACACGGAGAGUACGACGGCAACCUCUACGGUACUAAAAUCGACUCCAUCCAUGAGGUGGUGAACACAGGCCGUACAUGUAUCCUGGACGUCAAUCCUCAGGCUCUGAAGGUGUUAAAAACGGCAGAGUUCAUGCCAUAUGUUGUGUUCAUCGCAGCUCCAGAGUUUGAUACACUGAAGGCCAUGCACAAAGCUGUGGUUGAUGCUGGACUCACCUCUAAACAACUCACAGAUGUGGACCUGAAGAAAACCGUAGAUGAAAGCGCUCGUAUCCUGCGGGCGUACAGACACUACUUUGACCUCAUCAUUGUCAAUGACAACCUAGACUGUGCGUUUGAGAAACUGCAGUCAGCUGUGGACCAACUCUGCUCUGAACCGCAGUGGGUUCCAGUGAGCUGGGUUUACUGAGGGCACUUCUAGAAGCUCACCAUACAAGCAUGUUUGAGUGCGUGUGUGUGUACAGUAUGUGUAUGAUUGGUAUUCAAGGUGACUGAUAUGGGGCAGAGUGAAGUUACGUGUUUGGAAUGACCAACGCAAAAGCACCGUUAGCCCCAACCUUAAUGCAAUGUUUUUUUCUACUCAAAACUGAAAGGGAAGAGUACUUAUUUAUUUUAGUAUUUCUAUGUUUUUAAUGAAAAUCUUUCUAUUUGUAACUUUGGAGUUGGAAGAAAAACGAGGAAAACUAAAACCGGCCUUGGCGAAUCAGAGGCCAUAUUUUUUAAUUUAUUAUUGUUAUUUUUACAUGUGUUCCUCCUUCAUUUUGUAGUUCCUGAACCUACUGUGAUGUUUUGAUUUAUACUCAAAUGACGGACUAACCUGAGUGUAGCAGGCCAAGGGCUUACUAUAUGUGGAACAUUUUAGAUCCUAAAACCAUGAACCAUAAAACUGUUUACAUAGACCCUGAUCUCUUAACCAUUUGUUCGCUUGUCCUCAUAUCUAAGAGAUGUAUUGAAUCUUUUAUGCAAAAGUCCAUAUCAAUAUGUGCAGUUUGUUUUAUUUAUAGUGUGUUUUGUACAAUUUCAUUCAUCAAUUUUGUCUUGUAAAACAUUGGGCUGCACAUUGUGUCUGUGUCUUAUUACGAUCCUGUCAUUUUCUUUAAAGUUUUUUAAUUUAAGGAACCGAACAAAUAGGCCUGUUGAUUUUCAUCUGUUUCAUGUUUUUUUUUUCUUUCUCAUCAGCUUUCCAGAAUGUCAAAAAAUCUCUGCCAAAUGUAUUUUUGUCUCAACAACAAGGCUGACAUUAAACAUGCUGACCAUUGUUA